UAUGAAACUAUUAAAUUACCCAAAAAAAGUCAUUGCGUCACCUUAUCUGGAUUUACGCUCUUUCGCGUAUAUAUGUUCUUUGUGUUUUUCAUAAUCGGAAUCAGAGAUUGAUUGAUUGAUUGAUCUCUGUCUGUUUAUCUAUCGGAGUAGUGAAUCUGAAUCCCGUAAAGUCAUGUCGAUGCUCGAUUCCUUCUUCAACAAGGGUUUCAAAGCUGCCAAAUGUAAAACCCUAUUGAAAUUGACGAUUCCACGGAUCAAGUUGCUGAGGAACAGAAGAGAAAUUCAGAUUAAGCAGAUGCGUCGAGACAUUGCCAAGCUUCUCGAGACCGGUCAAGAAGCCACUGCUCGCAUUCGGGUGGAGCAUAUAAUAAGAGAGGAGAAGAUGAUAGCUGCACAAGAGAUUAUGGAGCUCUUCUGUGAGCUUAUUGCUGUUCGCCUUCCCAUCAUUGAAGUGCAAAAGGAAUGUCCAUUAGACUUGAAAGAAGCGAUAUCCAGCGUGUGUUUUGCUGCGCCAAGAUGCGCCGAUCUGCCAGAAUUGCUGCAGGUUCAAAUGCUGUUUGCAUCCAAAUAUGGAAAGGAGUUUGUAUCAGCUGCAACUGAGCUCAUGCCAGAUUGUGGUGUUAAUCGCCAGUUGAUAGAACUGCUGUCAGUUCGUGCCCCAUCACCUGAAACAAAACUGAAGCUUCUGAAGGAAAUUGCGGAGGAGCAUCAAUUGGAUUGGGAUCCAGCCUCAUCUGAAACUGAGUUUUUUAAACCACAUGAAGAUUUAUUGAAUGGCCCAACACAGUUUGUUGGUGGGUCCAAGUUGCCACUUCCCACAGAAAAGCACGAUGAAACACUCAACUCUGAUGAAGCCCAUACAGAGCAGCCAGAUUCUGAUUCAGACUCUGAGCUUUUGGAUUUUCCUGAAGUUCCCAAGGUUUCAUUACAGCCGAGCACUAAUGUUGCCUCAGCGCCAGAAAAGGCUUCUGUUACAUCAGCUGUUCCAUUUCGUGAAACUGAUCAUGAAUCAUUACACUAUUCUGAACAUGAGAAUCUGGCACCGGAAGGGCACUUGAAAAAUGAGGAAUGGACGAAAGAAGAGUUGGGAAUAAGCAAAUACGAAAUGCCCAGUGUUGCUGUUGACGCCAAGGCAGAUAAACAAUUUCUGCCAUUUGUUUCUCCCCCUACAUUAUCAUCUGCAUCAUUCUCUGCACAACGGAACAUUCCUCCCCCUACAUUAUCAUCUGCAUCAAUCUCUGCACAACAGAACAUUCCUCCCCCUACAUUAUCAUCUGCAUCAAUCUCUGCACAACAGAACAUUCCUCCGCCUACAUUAUCAUCUGCAUCAUUCUCUGCGCAACAGAACAUUCCUCCCCCUACAUUAUCAUCUGCAUCCUUCUCUGCACGACAGAAUAUUUCACCCCUUUCCCUCUCAAAGACCAAAAGUGAGGCUAAUGUUGAUUUGCAAGAUGUUUUAGCUGCUGCUCAGGCUGCUGCUGAAAGCGCUGAACUUGCUGCUGCAGCUGCUCGCUCGGCAGCUAGUCUUGCACAGGUCAGAAUUAGUGAGCUCAUAAAAAAGAACGGUAAUGCUAACGAGAGUAGCAAUGAGAAUCCGUUUCAUGCAAAUACUCCUGAUCCAUUAGCUAUUAGAGAAGACCCACAGUUCAAUCACCAGAACUCUCUUGAAAAUCCUGAUGGUACUCUAAAUUCUCCAGAUUCCUAUCACGUUCAUGAAGACUACAAGGUAUCAGAGAUGCCAAAUAUUUCUUCGUUUGAUCAAAUGAAAAUGUCUGAUGAUAUUCCUGUCUUUGAUGAUCGUGCUCCUGAAGUUGAUGAACAUACUCGUCAUCAACCUCAAAGAUUGCCAUCAAUGGAUGAUGAUCCGUACUCAUAUCCAAAUCUGUUUUCGUCGAAUCUCGGACCUGAUACUCAUACUUCUAUGGAUAAUUCCAGAUCCACACAUCAGCUCUGAGCUACCAGUAGUAUGCUGCUUGAUCUCAUUUUCAGGUUAUGUUAUUGGUUGGACCUCCUGCGGCACCGGUACAAGUUAAAUCUUUUUGGAUUUGUAAAGGAGAUCAGUGGCUGUUUGAGAUACAAUUAAGUAGACUGCAGCUGAGUGAUGACAAAUUUGAAGUAUAAUGGUUCGGGAAACUGCUGGUGGAGUUUGAGAAGUUUCAGGAAGUUCAUUGUACCUGAUUUGGUUUGAGUAUAUUAUAUUAUUUCAUGUACAAAACGCUUUGUGCUGUGGUAGAAAUAAAAUGAUAAGGCUUUUCUUUUCUA